AUGGAAGCAGCCGGCGCUCCGUGCGCCCCGCCGCCGCCCGCGGGCUCCCAGACCGGGGCUCCUCCAGCCAACCUGUCUUCGGCGCCGCACAACUGCAGCGCCGAGGGCUACAUCUACCAGGACUCCGUCGCGCUGCCCUGGAAAGUGCUCCUGGUCCUUCUGCUGGCACUCAUCACCCUGGCCACCACGCUCUCCAACGCCUUUGUGAUCGCCACGGUGUACCGGACCCGGAAGCUGCACACGCCGGCCAACUACCUGAUCGCCUCCCUGGCCGUCACCGACCUGCUCGUCUCCAUCCUGGUGAUGCCCAUCAGCACCAUGUACACGGUCACCGGCCGCUGGACGCUGGGCCAGGUGGUCUGCGACUUGUGGCUGUCGUCGGACAUCACCUGUUGCACGGCUUCCAUCCUGCACCUCUGCGUCAUCGCCCUGGACCGCUACUGGGCCAUCACGGACGCCGUGGAGUACUCCGCCAAAAGGACUCCCAAGAGGGCCGCGGUCAUGAUCGCGCUCGUGUGGGUCUUCUCCAUCUCCAUCUCGCUGCCGCCCUUCUUCUGGCGCCAGGCCAAAGCCGAGGAGGAGGUGUCGGACUGCGUGGUGAACACCGACCACAUCCUCUACACCGUGUACUCCACGGUGGGCGCUUUCUACUUCCCCACCCUGCUCCUCAUCGCCCUCUACGGCCGCAUCUACGUGGAAGCCCGCUCCCGGAUUUUGAAACAGACGCCCAACAGGACCGGCAAGCGCCUGACCCGAGCCCAGCUGAUAACCGACUCCCCCGGCUCCACGUCCUCGGUCACCUCCGUUAACUCGCGGGCUCCCGACGUGCCCAGCGAAUCCGGGUCCCCGGUGUACGUGAACCAAGUCAAAGUGCGGGUCUCCGACGCGCUGCUGGAGAAGAAGAAACUCAUGGCCGCUAGGGAGCGCAAAGCCACCAAGACCCUGGGAAUCAUCUUGGGAGCCUUUAUCGUGUGCUGGCUGCCCUUCUUCAUCAUCUCCCUGGUGAUGCCUAUUUGCAAGGACGCCUGCUGGUUCCACCUGGCCAUCUUCGACUUCUUCACGUGGCUGGGCUAUCUCAACUCCCUUAUCAACCCCAUCAUCUAUACCAUGUCCAAUGAGGACUUCAAACAAGCGUUCCAUAAACUGAUACGCUUUAAGUGCGCAGGUUGA